GGUUGCUUGGAGUGUAAGCGACGUCAACACUAACCCUGCAAGCUGGUUUGUUUUCAGUCUGGACGCUGUGUUGACAGGUUGUACAUGGAUAGUACUCUUGUCACCCUUGACUCGACUACGACAUCCAUGCAAACAGGCUGUAGAAGUUGAGCAAGGGAGGCCAUUAAGAAGAUGGAGAGGGACCGCCUGUUUCAGGAGUAUGAAGAAACCAUACAGAAGCAAGCAGCUCUCUUGCAAAGGCAGCAGGUAACAAUUGACAACCUUCAGGGAGAGCUGUUGUCUGAACAGCACAAAUUAGCCUCAGCCAGUAAGCAUCAUAAAAGCAGGAUCGAAUCAUUGGUUCAGCAGACUCAGACUGCAGCCGUACAGGAGUUUUCAGAAGAGGUUCAGUUACUGAAACAAGAGCUAGAAACUGCAUUAAAGGAGAAGGAGUUAAGCCAAGCAGAAAGUAGGAGACAAGCUUUAGAGGUUCAGCGUCUACAUCAAGAAGUGGCAAUUUUGCAGACAGGAACCGAUGGUGUUCAUGCUCCACCACUUGGCAAGUCACACGAGGAGUAUUUAAGAGUUGUACAAGUACUAGAAGAGGAGACAGAAAGACUACGUGCUGAACUGGGAAAAUUAGAUGAUGAAAAAUUGCAAAUACUCAAAUCUAACGUUGAAUUGAAGAAAAAGGUUUCCUUUCUUGAGGGCAACUUUGAGCAGGAAAGGCAGAAGAAUCUUAUUUUCAGAUCUGAAAUGGAUGAUAAAGACACAGCUUUACAGGAGGUAAAAGCAUCUUUUACAGAUCUCAAUUCCAAGUUCAUGGAGCAAAGUGAAGACCUCCAGACUAUCUUGGCCCAAACUGAAGCUCUUCAGAAAAGCAAAGAUAAUUUGACAAACAUUCUUAUGAAUGUGAAAUGCAAACUAAAAGAAGCCCAAACACGAGUAGCGGAGAGUGUACGCAUUGCUGAAGAUGCUCUUUUGGAAAAGGAUGCUGCUCUUCUACGAGAAAAACAUGCUAUGAAUGAAGUGAGUCGCUUGGAGAAGACCGUGUCAUCACUCACGGAAGAAGCUGGAAGAAAGGCUCAAGCAGAGGUGUCCAAAAUAAAGGAUGACUAUAACAUUAGUAUACAAAAAAUGUCUCAGGAAGUCAUGGAUCUUGAAAUGGCAUUAAACGAGAAGCAACUGGAGUGUGACCGGUGCUUUCGAGAACUGAAAAAGGUUACAAAAGAGGCUGAGCAGGCCCAAGAUGAUUUGAAUCGUAGAAAGGAGCAGCAGCAGCAAGACACUCUCCGCUUCCAGGAACGUAUCAACUCUUUGGAGGUUAAACUUGUAUUGCUCUCUGCAGAAAAGAGCAAAAUAUCCACAGUGGGUCUACAAAAUGUUCAGGAAAAUGAACAGCAGAGAGAAGAACUAUUAACUAGAAUCCAUGAGUUGGAAGAAAGACUAACAGCCUCGUGGGAGGAAUGUGCUGCACUUAGAAUUGAGUAUGAAGAGGUGAAAAGAAAUCAUAACUAUAUCUCAACCCUGCUGGAUAAAUUUAAGGAGGAAACUCAAAAUACUGAGAAAUAUUUGAAAAUGCAGCUAAGAGUGAAAACGGAGGAAGUUGAAGAGUGUUUAUCGAGGAGUGAGGCUCGUCUGGAGGCUGCCGACGCUGCUCACAGAGAAAUUGUUGCGCAGCUGUAUGAGAAUAAUUCAGCUAUUCAGAUGAACUUUUCCAAGUUACAGUCUCAUGCUUCUGCCCAGAAAUUGGAAUAUGAAGAGAGAAUAUCGGAACUCACUCGGUGCAUAGAAGAAUGUCGAGAAAAAAAUCGACAAAUGGUUCAUUCCCUCCAUGAAGCAAACACCAACCUAGCUGUUGUCCAGAAUGUUGCCUCACAGUACAAAGACAGGAUAAUCGAGGUAGAAGAUCGCCUUCGUUCAGCAGAGCAUAAGUUUGCGACACUUGGACAGAAAAAUAAGUCCAACAAUGAAGUAUUCAGUUGAUGGUCAUUUACUUGUCAGCAUCAGGUAUGGCUGUCAACCAUUUUGUAUUCAGCUAUUUUCCCCAUACGGUAAUCAUUGCUCAAAAUGUGCAAUAAUAAUUUGUUUUCCAAUAC